CAAAUUUACUAUAUAUAAUGCAUUGUAGGUCUUGAGAUUCAUACACACUCACUUCUACAACUUUACAGCUUAAAUGGAGUUUACAAGUCUCUCUAUUUUAGCUCUUCUUUGUGUGGCUCUUAUGGGAACUAAUGCAUCUAAGUCAGGAGAAGAAUAUUGGAAAUCAAUUUGGCCAGACACUCCUGUACCUAAGAUUCUUUCAGAUUUGGUGCUAAUGGAUAACACAGAGCUCAUUAGAGGACAAGAGAUGAAACAAUAUUGGACUGUCUUUUUCAACCAUGAUCUUUAUCCUGGAAAACAAAUAAGUUUGGGGAUUCAAAAGCAAUCAUAUGUUCAACCAUCACGAUCAAAUGCACAAAUACUUAUAGAAAAAGCAAGCCCACAUUUUUCAACUAAAGAAGAAGUUGAGAAAUCAAUGAAACCUUUAAAAGAUUUGGCAUGGCAUGGCGAAGCAACUAAAGAAGAUAUAAAGGAACAAAUCCAACCUUUUGGAGCUUGGCGCAAUGAAGCAGCUAAAAAAGAAAAUGAGGAGCCAAUUCAACCUUUUGGGGCAUGGCGCAAUGAAAAAGAAAUAGAGGAGCCAAUUCAACCUUUUGGAGCAUGGCGGAAUGAAAAAGAAAUAGAUGAGCCAAUACAACCUUUUGGAGCAUGGCGCAAUGAAAAAGAAAUAGAGGAGCCAAUUCAACCUUUUGGAGCAUGGCGGAAUGAAAAAGAAAUUAAGGAGCCAAUCCAACCUUUUGAGGCAUGGCGAAAUGAAGAGAUUAAUAAAGAAAUUGAGAGACCAAACAAACAUUUUGAAGCUGUAGUAUGGCCUCAUAAAACAACCAUUAAAAAAAUUGAAAAAGUAAGUCAAACUUCCAUAACUCGCCCAUCAGGUGAAAAAGAGGCACACGUUAUUCAUGAUUAUUGUGAGAAACCAUCAGCCAUAGGGGAAGAUAGGCAUUGUGUAACAUCACUAGAAUCAAUGAUGGAUUUCGCCAUUUCAAAGCUUGGGAAGAAUAUUAAAGUGAUGUCAAGUUCAUUUGCUCAAAAUCAAAAUCAAUAUGUGAUGGAGGAAGUGAGGAAAAUCGGAGACAAAGCAGUUAUGUGCCAUAAAAUGAAUUUAAAAAAUGUUGUAUUCUAUUGCCACCAAGUCAAUGCCACAACCAUUUACAAGGUUCCAUUAGUGGCCUCUGAUGGAACUAAAUCAAAUGCGCUUACUAUUUGCCACCAUGAUACAAGAGGUAUGAAUGCUAAUGCACUUUAUAAAGUUCUCAAAGUUAGACCUGGAACUGUCCCUAUUUGUCAUUUUAUUGGCAACAAGGCUAUAGCAUGGGUUCCUAAUGAUAAUGUGAGUGAGUAUGAUGAUUGUCCUCGUGUCAUCUAGGCCUUCUCUAAUCAUUCACAUUACUUCUCUUAUAUAUUACUUUUUAACAUUAAAAUUGAACAUGAUGGUUACAAAUUUGCACCUUCAUGGUGAUCUCAAGUUGAAACUUGUUUUAAAGUUAUAUAUGAAGAGAAAUAUGAUGUGAAAACAUCAUAAUUUAUGUAAAAGUAUAAUAUAUGUAUCCUAAAUAAAAGUAGUUCUAAUAUGUUAGAGCUAUGUGUGAGCUUUUGUGUAUUGUGAGACUUUCUCAUUAGUCUAAUGUACUUUGUAUUUGAUAAUAAGUAAUAAAAUUGUUAUGUGUUUGAUGUACUAUCUUCUAUUUA